GAUUAAAUAGAGGCAGAGAGGAGGAGGACCAUCAGAAUAUCUUUCACCCUCGUAGCUUCACCAGGACCAGAAACCCAGAACAUGGAUGCUGACGGCUCCAGAACCCGGCUGGACUUCCAGGAGGACGUGAAGCUGUCAGAGAUGAUGCGUCUGCGGGUUUCGUCUCUGCAGCGUUCGGGUCAGAAGCGUCAGGAUGGAGAGCGCCUCCUGCUGGCCCAUGAGGCCGUCUACCGGCUGGACUUCCCCUCGCAGGAGCUCAGCUUCACCCGCUGGUUCUUCUCACUGUCGGGCCACGGUCGGGUCACCGUCACCGGGAUCUCUCAGCACUGGACCCCGGACCUGACGCCGCUGAUGACCCGGCAGCUGCUGGAGCCCAUCGGGACGUUCUGGAGGAACGCCGGCGACCCGGAGGACUCGCCGCUCAAGUGUCUGGAGGCCGACAUGCAGGAGUUCGGAGAACGGAUCGCCGAGCUCGCCAAGGUCCGGAAGGUCAUGUACUUCCUGUUGGCCUUCAAGGACGGCGCCGAGGCGGCGAACCUGAGCUGCUCCAUCGAGUUCACACCUGAGAAAUGAGCUGAGAGUCACCUGUCCGCAGAGUCCGACGCUGUUCGGUCCGAAACUAAACCAACUAGAGCAGAACCUCCGUCACCAGAGAAGCCUCCUCUGAGAACCUGAACCUCAGCUUAGAUCCUCCUGAAAACUACAGACUGAUAGAAACACGAGUAGAACAGCUUUAAAGAACAAAAGGAACCAAAUCUGAAGAAAGUUCCCCCAGAACCAGCUGGUUCUGUAUCUGCAGUAACUGAAGCAGUUCUGCCUUCAGACUAGUAAUACUGUUGGUGUCAGGUUCUAGCAGAACCCAGAUGUGUUCUUCCUCCUAAAUGUCAUGUGUCUAU